UUUCUACUCGUUUCUAAAAAUAGAAUGGAAUAAAUAAAGAAAAGAAAACAAAACAAAACUACAAAACCCAGGCAAAGCCGUAUCGUGCCGGCGUGCUGCCAUGGAAGCAACGGUGCUGAGUUCGACUCUGCAGACGCGGACACUGCGUCUUCCAUGCACAUUCAGUUACAAUAACUGCUAUCUUCCCUCAACCUUCUCCCGUCGAUGCUCCUCCACUCAUCCUCGCCCUCAUUAUCGUCAUCAUCAUCACCUUACUCAACUUCCAGCUUUCAAUUCAAAGCCUUCGCGCUUUGCUCGUUUAUCUCCGCUAUGCUCCUUAUCCAGCGAGCACUCUCAGGAAUCUUCUGACCUCGCUGUUCUUCUCGAAGUCGACGGGGUUCUUAUGGACGCAUACCGAGUGGGUAAUAGAUUAGCAUUCAAUAAAGCAUUUGAGAAGCUUGGGCUUGACUGUGCAAACUGGACUGAACCUAUCUAUGCAGAUCUUUUAAGGAGAAGUGCGGGAGAUGAAGAGAAGAUGAUAAUUCUGUAUUUUAAUCGAAUUGGUUGGCCAACUUCAUUGCCCACAAAUGAGAAGGGACAGUUCACAAAAAGUGUUUUACAGGAAAAGGAAAAGGCAAUGGAAGAGUUUGUGAUGUCAAAAGACCUACCUUUGCGACCUGGAGUUGAACAGUUUAUUGAUGAUGCGUAUAAUGAAGGAAUUCCAGUAAUAAUACUUACAGCCUACAGUAAAAGCCGUGAUAAUAUUGCCAGGACCGUAAAAGAAAAGCUUGGUAAUGAUCGAAGCAUAAAGGUAAUCACUGUGGGGAAUACAGAGGUUGAGCAAAGUUUAUAUGGCCAACUAGUCUCAGGAAAGGUAAUUUCUUCUGGUGUGGAUGAAGAACUUGCCAAGGAAGCCAAAAGAGCAGUCUCUGCUGAGAAACAAAGGUUAGCAAAGGAGGUUGCAUCCAUGCUGAAGUUGAGUGUCGAGAUUGAUACCACCUUAUCUGAAAGUAUAGAUAAGAUUGUAGCUGCUCUACGUGCGGGAGCCGAAUAUGCUAGGUUACCUGUCUGCAACUGUGUACUUGUUGCAGGAAGCCAAACUGGAGUAGCUGGAGCUAAUCGGGUGGGAAUGCCGUGUGUUGUUUUAAGGAGCAGCUUGACAUCUAGGGCUGAGUUCCCAUUGGCAAAUGCUACCAUGGAUGGUUUUGGAGGUCCAGAUCUAACAAUCUCUAAAUUACGCAAUAUAUGCAAGAAAAAACAGCCAUGAUUGGAAAAGUUGAUAUUGGUUUAUCUUAUCCAAGAAAUUCAUCAUAACCACACUUGCUCUAGAUUUGAAGCUUUUCGUUGGCAGGAAAAGAGUAUGGCCCUCUAGAUGGAGUGUUUAUGAGUCUCGUCACUGAAAGCAUGUUUGUUGGUACAUGACAGAAUAUUCAUUUAAUGGUGAUGCUAAGCACCUUAGUUAACAAAUUCAUAGUGUAAGAUCAGACAAAUUAUACUAAUAACACAUGCGGGUUUGGAUAAAGAUAAUGUAACGAAUUCAAUACUAAUGUCAUGUCUCUCAGCAGCACAAGGAAAGGGAGAUAAAUAUUGUAAUUAUCAUUCUAUCAGUACUUGUUUAAUGUGAAACGCAUUUUACCUGAAUGAAAAUAAAAUGCUUCCUGCGCAGUAUGAUACAAGAUGAUUAUG